GCCGAAAAUUGCUGGGACUUUGCAGCCAGUUAAAAUUCCAGUUGAAAAUCCAUUUGGAAAACUUAAAAUUGAACACCGCCAUAAAUACUUAUCACAACAACUACAUUUAUAUAUAGUUAUUAAAACGUCGACCAUAAGCAGAUAUUACACUAAUUCCUCAUGUUGCGUUAUCCGCCUACCAUAAAUAAUGGCUACAAAAAAUAAAAAAACGUUUGAUAAAACAGAGUUUUCAAAACUGUUAACAACAUUAUCUCUAAAAGAGGUGAUGAAACUUGAAUUUUGGACUGAAAACGUAAACAAGCUAGAAAAACUUGUUGUUUGUGCAGACGAAUUGAAGAAAAUGUAUUUAUGCAAUGUUUGCAAAGUUGUUCAAUAUGGAGACAAGAACUUAAUAAGUCAUCUUGGUGGGAAGAGACAUGUUUCGAAAAUGGAAUCGGUGAAGCAAUUAUACCUUCCUAAUAAUAACAUCCCUGAGUUUAAGAGUUUAACAAAUAAUUAUAAAACCGUAAAAGUAUUGAGAGUAUCUAACACUGUUGGAUGUUCAAGAGGUAAAGCAAAAGUCAAUGAAAUGUAUAUAUCAAAGAAUCAAUCAGGCUCUACUAAACUGAAUAGACCAGUACAAAAAAGUAAAAGUGAAAAAAAUUAUGGAUGUGUAUCUACUGGUAUUGAAUCCAUAAAAGAAGCAUAUGCAAAUCUUACCAAUUUUAAAUUCUCAGAUAACAAUGAAGGGAUUGGAAAAUCAAAAAUGUCUGAUAUUGAUCAAAAUAGAAGAUCAGUAGACGUUGAUAGCAGUACUGUAAAAGCUAUUAUUCCAAAUCAAUUUCAUAAAAAGUUAGUUCAAGAAAUUCAAGACAGUUAUGUAAAUUGUGAAAGUGUUAAUUCAAAAUAUUCUAAAUAUAAUAAUAAACAGACGUGCCUUUUACAAAAAGAAAUUGAUCACAUUGAUGAAACUGCCAAAAAUGCUCAAACAAUUUUGGAAAAAGUGAGUAAUAAAGAAAUAGUUUCUAUAUUUGGUCUUAAGUCUCUACGUCCUGAUAUUGUAAAAAAUGCGCUUCCAACAUCAUCAAAAAAUACUACAAUUUCUUGCGUUCCAAUAUCAAAAUUAAUAUAUUUAAGCCAUUCUUCAGAAAAAAAUUCGGAGACUAUUGAAGAGAUUUCUACACGUAUAAUGCCAAUCGAAAUUUCUAACCACAAAAAAGAACAAAAAAAAUACGAGUUGGACAUAAUUACUAAGCACUUUGAGCCGGAAAAUGUACAAUCCCAAAACUCGGCUACAUCGCAACAUAUAUCUAAUUGUGAUUCAAUUUUUGAAUCAACGUCAACUGUAACUGAAAUCUUGGGAUUUCUCGGAAUUGAGUACGUAAUCAAAAUUAUGAGAAACUUUAAUGAUGAAGCUGCUAAAUUUUUUUGUACCUUAUGUAAUAUUACCACUGAUGAGAUAAUAAUGCAUAACCAUAUACUAAGUUAUAGUCACCGUUUAACAUAUUGUGAAAAACAUUUCCCGACAGCCGUACGGCAGUAUAGGCAAUACAUUUCACAUAUUCCUGAACAUCAAGUUUUUAAAAUACUACCACAAAUAUUAGACAAAUUGGCAAAAUCUAUUGAGAAAUAUCAUGGUCGCGGGACUGUUUAUUAUUGUUACGAAUACCCGUUUUCGAAAAAUAAACAAAAUAUUGUAUCAACAGUUUUUAAUCGGAAACAUGCAUCGGAAUUGCUCGGUCCUGUGUUCACGCAUAUAAUAGACUUAAAAGAUGUGGAAUUAUUGAUUGAAAAUUCCACAAAUUGUAAAUUUCAAAUUACUAAGCCUAAUGAAAGUAAUAACGAGGUGUUACCUAAUAAUUUUAACCGAUCAAAUUAUAUAACUAUGAAUCAAAAUGCUAUAUAUAAUUAUGCUAGCCAUCCAUCUUUCAAUGAUGACUGUAGAACAGAGACUGUCGAUGAUGAAACUCACAAAUUAAUGGUUGAUAUGUUUUUAAGAGAAACUAGGCAAAAUCAAGUUUCGCGAUUUUGUAGACGACCGUCUGGAAUUUCUAAACGUAGUCGAUCAAAGUCAAACUCACCUGAUCGAAAACGAAUACGUUCAAAUAAUUUAAUAAUACCCCAAUGGAAUGUCGAACGCAAGUCGCUGUCCCCAUUACGAGAUGAUGAUAUUUGGCAAGCUUAUAGACAUUUAGUUGACCAUAGUGUGCGCGACUUAAACCAAAACUAUGAAAUAUAUAUACCAGAUCCCGAAGAACACCCCAUGUAUAGAGAAGAGUGGCAAAGUUUUUGGAAGCGGCGUAAAGAUGAACUUAUAGCUGCUGGCAUAAACCAUAGAUCAUAUAAUUAUCAAAACGAAUGGAUACAAUUUUUUAACGCUCGUUUGGAAGAACUCUAUAAUCAAGAUGUUGAAAGCAUUAAAAUAAAGUGCCGUGAAAGGUUAUGCUUGCCAAUGACUAAUGAUUAUUUAUCAAACUCAAAAUAUCAUGUUCACAUUUCUGAAAAUCUAUUGAAAUUAGACAAACCCAUCAGAAAUGACGAUGAUAUUAAAAUAAAAUUGAAUAAAUAUACAAAUAAUAUAAAUAUUAUCCAUGUACUACGUCUUCUAACUGCACUAGAGGAUUAUUUGGGAAGUUUGGGACCUACCAUCACCGAUUUAUUAGCUAAGGCCUUAAAAAUUUCCAAAUUAAAUCCAGAUAAAGCAAAUAUUUUGCUUCUUACAAGUAAAAACUGUUCUAUCUUAGAAGCAGCAAAAGAUAAAUUUACAGGACUAAUAAUUUCCAACAUUUUAGAUCCAACGCAAGAACGUGCCCUAAAAAAGGCAAUCAAUGAUACUGAACAAUUACUACAUUUUUCAACAACUAUACGGACAGAAUUGGGAAACAGCAAAACUGAGCCUAAUAGAAAUAUAAUUGAAAAAGAGUCUCAUGGUAGGCUAAAUGCUCAGGAUCGCUUUGAUAAAACUGAACUUGCUUCCAAAUUAGCUACUUCUUUAAUUUCUCAAGGGAAAACCACUAUAAAUCAUGAACAGCUUGAACAAAUUUUUCAAGAUUAUUCUAUUAUGGAAAAAAAGAAGCAACGAAAUACAACCACGUCAACUAGCUUUGUUAAUAACGGAAAUAAUCAUUAAUCGCCUUUGCCACAAAUAAACGAAAUUCAUAUUGAGAUGUCAUCUUAAGGAAGGAUCAAUAAUUUAAAUAUUACUUCAUUCAUGUCUUGACAUUGUGAGCAAACGCGUAAUUUAAGCAUAAUAUAUAACAAUAAGCACAUUAUGAAAACUAGUGAAAAUUAUAUAUCUGUAAAUGAGU